ACAACAGGAUAACAUUAUCUAUAAUCCUUGCUAAUUAGUGGACUAAAAAUUCUCACAAUUGAUUUUUAGAUAAGAUUAGAGAAGCUGAUUGCUUGUAAAACAGUAAAGGGAAUGCUGUUGAAUGAGUUUCCUCCGAUCCACGAUUCCGUCUUUGAGCUCAGAAUCAUCAUAAACGCGGAAUCCGAAUCUGAUCUCAUGUCCUUCUCCUUCUUCAAGCCCUCUAGGCCUAAAACGCCUCAAGAGGUCGUUAAAGCGAUCAAAGAUAGUCUUAUGGCUCUCGACACCAAGACCGUCGUCGAAGUUAAAGCCCUCGAGAAGGCUUUAGAAGAAGUUGAGAAGAAUAUUUCUUCUCUGAGAGGAAUGCUUUCUGGAGAUGGUGAAGUUGAACCAAAUGCUGAUCAAGCUGUACAAUUAGCAUUAGAGUUUUGCAAAGAAGAUGUUAUCUCUCUUGUUAUUCAUAAGCUACACAUUUUGGGAUGGGAAGCAAGAAAAGAUUUACUGCAUUGUUGGUCUAUCUUGUUGAAGCAAAAAGUCGGCGAGACUUAUUGCUGUGUGCAAUACUUUGAAGAGCAUUUCGAGUUGCUCGACUCUUUGGUUGUAUGCUAUGACAACAAGGAGAUUGCUCUGCAUUGUGGAAGUAUGCUUCGGGAAUGCAUUAAAUUCCCAAGUCUUGCUAAGUACAUUUUAGAGUCUGCCUGCUUUGAGUUAUUCUUCAAGUUUGUGGAAUUGCCAAACUUUGAUGUUGCUUCUGAUGCAUUUUCAACAUUCAAGGAUCUUCUUACAAAACAUGACUCUGUCGUCUCUGAGUUUCUCACCUCUCAUUACAGUGAGUUCUUUGAUGUUUAUGAAAGGCUUUUGACAUCUUCAAACUAUGUGACGAGAAGACAAUCACUCAAGCUUCUCUCGGACUUCCUAUUGGAGCCUCCAAAUUCCCAUAUAAUGAAGAAAUUCAUCUUAGAAGUUCGUUAUUUGAAAGUCAUAAUGACACUUUUGAAGGACUCGAGCAGGAACAUUCAAAUAUCAGCCUUCCAUAUAUUUAAGAUCUUUGUUGCGAAUCCUAAUAAGCCGCAAGAAGUGAAGAUCAUAUUGGCAAGAAACCAUGAGAAAUUACUCGAACUCCUCAACAAUUUGUCCCCUGGUAAAGGUUCCGAAGAUGAUCAAUUCGAAGAGGAAAAGGAGCUGAUCAUCGAGGAGAUUCAAAAAAUGUCUGGCUUGAAAAACCUCGAACAUUAAACAUUCUUUCGCCUGCUCAUCUCUCUCUGUUCCAUUCGGUGAUCCCGAGCCUGCAAAUGAAGUCUCUAGAGAACUCUGUGUGUUCAAAGUUUCAUAACUGCUCGUCUUAACAUGAAACUGCUGCUUUUUCUAGUGAGUGUAGUAAUGUAACUUUUGAUUUUCUGUGUUGUCGCUGAGUUGUUCAGAUUCAUGACUUGUCCCAUAUUUAAAGACCAUAACAUUUUGUUGCCUUUUAAUAUCUUUUACAUGAAGAUUGUGCUUUUGCAUGUAAUCUUUGAAAUGGAUAAGACCUAUCUAUCCGCUUAACAAAUCAUUCAAUGAAAG